AUGAGGAGGAGUUUCAGCGGAAGCCCAUUUGUUAAACCCUAUAUUAUUGCCAAUCAAAGAGGGGGAGGAGGAGGCUGCAACCCCAAUACUCCUGUUACUAGUCCUUCAGAUUAUCCCCGAAGAAACUCCGUUGGCAGAGAAAACAUAGUGGUUACUUUGCGUGAUCACGAGGACAAAGAAAACGGCAAAGACCAGAAUUGGAAAUCAGUGAGAAUGCGUUCACCAGCAAAGGGUGCAAAGAAUUUCAUGUCUCCAACAAUUUCUGCAGCUUCAAAAAUCAAUGCAUCUCCAAGAAAGAAAAUCUUGACUGACAGGAAUGAGCAAAUUCGCACUUCGAUUUCGUUUGCUGAUGCAAAAAGCCCUUUAAUGGAAGACUUGGACUCAAAGCCUAACAAGGGUUUGAAUCAGAAGAAGGAAGUCUCGUUUGAUUCCACAGUCAUUUACUUGGGGGACAAUGAGGAUUCCAAAAGGGACGAACGUGUUGAUUUGGUAGCAGAUUCCAGUGCUAAAGAUGAUUUGGUCUUAUCAUCAGACAAUCUAACAGUGGAGAAGGAUUGUGUUAAUCUUGAUCCAAGUUUUAAGAUUAGUCCAAGGGUUUCGUGUUCAUUGCCAAGUCCUGCUUUGGCACCUCUUGAUGCAGAUCCAUCAUUGCCUCCUUAUGAUCCUAAGACUAAUUACCUCUCACCAAGGCCUCAGUUUCUUCGUUAUAGGCCUAACCCGCGAAUUGAGCUUUAUCUAAACAAGGAAAGAGAUGGCCAACCACUUGAGGAUAUUUUUGCAUCUGAAUGCUCUUCAGAAACUGAAGUCAGUGAAGCAGAAGACAGUCACUCUGAUGAUUUGCAGAAAGAAUCGGAUGCUUCUUUAGCCGAUGAGGUGAAAGAAUCCAAUGCUUCUUCAGGUGAUGAGGUUAAAGAAGAAGAGUUGGAAGAGCUGCUGCUAGUAUCUGAACCCAACCCCAUUAGUAAUUUUGUAGAGGAGGAGGACGAGCUGCUUGUAUCCGAACCCAAUUCCUUUUGUACUUCUGUCGAGAAGACUGAAGAGAAAAGGGUGUCUAAAUCACGUUUCUUUACAAGAAGAAAGUUCACUGCUUUGCUUUUGGUUCUGAUUGUUGGAAUUUUAUACGUUUCAGUUUCUAAAUCCCCAGUCAUGGAUCCUUCUGUGAUGAAUAACUUGACCUUUUUUGAGCCGUGUGUCCCUCCUGAACUCUCAGAGUACACCAGGCAAAGUUUUGAAGCUCUAGCUCAAAAGGUCCAGCUUUGGCUACAUCAGUCUCUAUGUUACACGCAUAAUCUGAUUAACAGCUUCAGAGGUGGGCAAAAUCUGGGUCCCUUGCAGUAUGCCAAUUUGACCAGUUUGCUCGAGGAUGGCAUGGUUGAUGGUCAAUUUGCAUUUGAACAGAGCAUUUUAGGAUCAGAAGUUAAGCCUGAAGAGAAAGUUUUAGAGCCCAUAAAGACGGCAGAGGUAGACAUUACGGUAGUGGAUGAAGGGGAUCAACCAAGUGCAGCUGAUGAGGGCACUAAAGAAGUUGUAGGUGAUGGGGAUUUUGAUAGUGUUCCAGAUCCAGAAGAAGUUAGUGUUCCUGAGUCUGAAGAAGAAAAUCUGCUACCCCAAUCUCAGGUUGCUGAACUUGUUAAGCCAGCACAAGAGGUCAUCCAAGAAAGCGCUGAAACUGUGGCUAACGUUUUGGAGCUGCAAAGUAACAUAGGCCUUGAAGACCAGUCUGUUCUUAUCCCACAAGCUGCUGAAAUUCAACCAGAAAUCUUGAAUUCCAUGCAAUCUCAAAGCAUAAAUGAUAUUGGUGCAGAUUUUGAGUCCCCUGCAGCAGAGGACAAUUUUGAAAUACUUGCAGGUGCUGCAACUGAAAAUCCCCGAAGUUCAGAAUUAGUGAACACACAUUCAGCACACGUAAUGGUGGGGAUUUCAUUGAUUGUCUUCAGUCUACUUGGGACAGCCUUCAUUUAUACGAAAAGUCAAACUCCCACAGCCCGAAAUACAGUGGACCAAGCGCCGAUGACUAAGGAAUUGGAUUGUAGCCCACUAUCAGUUGCAGCAGAACAUACAGACAUUGCUGGAGAGUCAUGCUCGUCAGAAAUGAGCAGUUUCAGCUUGUCAUACAGCAAGAAAGGACAGAAGGGCUCAAGUGAACCUCUAAGCUAUGAGAGGAAGCCUAGGAAGAACAAUUACAGGAGAGAAUCCAUGGCUUCGUCAGAUUGUUCCAUCGGUUCCAUGGGUUCACCUUCUUAUGGCAGUUUCACCACGUAUGAAAAGAUCCCCAGCAAGCAUGGAAUUGUAGAUGAAGAGGUGAUCACUCCAGUUAGGCGCUCUAGCAGAAUCAGAAACCAAGUCACUUCUCCGGGUAGUAACAUCAUCCCCCACAAUAUGCUAAAAAUGUUGGUGGAAGCAAGGAUUCUUCCCAUCUACUCUAGAAAUUUAUCGAGGUGUACACCGAACACGAGCUUCUUUCACUUCAUGCGUAGAGAAUUCGAUGCCCAAGACUAA